AUGAAUCUACCGCGCUCCCUCCUCCUCCUCCUCCUCACCUCCAUGGGUUCAGUGUAAGGACAGUGUCAAAAAGACCGGAGGCGGGAUCGAGUUCAGGUGGCUGGAGCGGCCUGAACUCGUGUCAAGGCGUGUCACCACAAAACCCUGAUUCACACACACACACACACACACAAGGGGACAGGAUUUCACUCAACAAGAAAGGGGACGGGCGGUUGGGAUGCCAUCUGACCGGGUGUGCCAUAAAUGUCAGAUUAAGGAGGGAUGGCAGCCUGCGUCUUCGUUCUGAGGGGUGGACUGAGUGAUCCUGAUAGUUGGCCGCCUUCCAAGCCACAGCUUUUAGAGCCCCAUGAUAGACUCAAUCGAACCAGACUGUAUAUAGUGACGUAUGUGCGCUGGCAAUGUCGACAUCACUUUCUUUCUCUCGCCCUCUGUCCCCACUCCUAGACACCAGUCCAAUGUCCGAGCCGGUCUUCGCCGUGAUACGCGGAUUGGGCGCAGUGGCUGAAUACCAUGGAGGCCACAUUCAGAAGGAGCUAUUGCAGCCUGACUCUAAGCCGAACAGCCCGUCAAUCCACACAAACACGCACACACACUGGGCUGACUAAGAGGUCCGAGUUAUCCCGUCAGUUGACAACCUGCCAAGCCGUAACAUUUAGCACACCUUGAGAGAUUCAAUCGCGUCAGGUUCCCUGUAGUGAUAAAUUUGGGCUGAAAGUCGACCUUUCCCCCACUUCCCUCUCCCGUGAACCAGACGAUUGUCCAAGCCAGUCAAACAACUGAUACUGAGAUUAGACGUAGCGCAAUGCGACCACGUAAAUGCCAACAGCCUCAGGAGAGAAUAGCAAUGUACACUCCUGUCCCGCAAAUAGGACAAAGUGCGUCCGGCAUUCUCAUAUGACACUAGUGAACGGAGUUCGUAUUUAGGUCUAAAUGGUAAAUAGAUUUACGGGUAGUCUGUUGCGAUAAAUGAACAAUGAGUCCAGAGUUGGGUUUACGAAAUUAGUGGCUUAUGUACACAUCAAACUUGCAAAAGUUUCAAGGGAUUUUGCAUAUCUGUGUUCAAAGUACGAUCCAAAUUCAUUUAACUAAACCAGGUUUAGACUACACCGACGUACUCUGUACCUCCAUAGAUGCUCGGCUUAAAUGAUUAACCUUCGUGAACCACCUCAAUGAAAAUUAGCGUGGUGCAAUUUUGUGAUUUCGUGUGGUUGAGCAGUAGGCACUUUAGAUCACACAUCUCUGUCCGGUCACCGAACUAUCGGUUUACGAGAACAGUUACGAACCAACUGCAUCUACCCAUGGCGCAAUUGUGCGCCUUUGUUUAAACUUGUCCUGUAGGAUAUCUAGUGUAAGCAGUUUUCGCGAGUUUUAAAAAAUUCCGUCAUAAUUACUUUCCAAACAUUAAUCUGUUCCCCAUCCUGAAACAUAAAGAGAGAGAGACUCUCAGGUAGGCUCCAGUUAUUUACUCAAAUUAAAUUAGGUUGAGCCAGUCAAAUUAUAGCAUUUCUGAGUUAUCGAUGGCUGCACUAACUGACGACAAUAUUUUAGGAUAACGGUUCGACUAGCCGUGUUUGAGUUUAAAUCCACUGGAUUUCAGCACCCAGAAAACCUCUGUUCAAUGUUUUCUAAAAUGAGAUUUCAUGAGGGUGAGACUUUGGAGGUGAGCAUGUGCACGAUGUACUUUUACUUAAUAGAAUGUAAUCAUCAUUCGAUAUAAGGACCCAUUCGCAUAGAUAAAAUAAUUAUUUCUUUCGAAAUCCCAUAGAGUCUUUGAAGAAGCCCACGUUUUUGCCAGACUGCAUGUAAUGAAUCAUUUGAACAAAACAACAGUUUUGACUCGAAAGACACAUUUGACAAAUAUGCCAAUACUGUCCGAUGGCUUGACAAAAGGUCUGACCGAGCAAGGAUUGCAGAAAUGAAAGGGCCAUUGUAAAUAUCAACCUUAGGUACUGAAAUUAAGCAUUAUUUGUCUUCGAGUUUCUGCCCCUAGCGGAUUAUGCGUCUGACCCACGACACAUCAACUUCGAAGUUAGCUGUCUAUGAACCGCAAAUUUUGGAUUUCCUCCGAUCUGCACUGUUUGAUUUCAAUAAUGCCUGUAAUCUCAGCUAAAGUCUCUCGAAGAAAAUGACUCCUCAUAUGUGGGCGUAUUUAAGUGGUGAAGAUUGUAGCAUCAUCUGUUUGGCGGAACUAAGGCUCUUUUGGGCGCUUGUGGCUUGGACUGCUCAACCAGCAGUUUAAGAGGGUAAAUCUUUUGAAAUAACCCAAAAAAUCAAAUUUUUCGUGGCAGAAUGGUCUUGGAAGCUAUUUUUACCUUGAAUGUUUGCGACGAAUUACUAUUGAGAAAUAUUGCCCAGAAAGUCAUGGGGGCCUGAAGUAGCCUUUGCUGAACCCAGUUGUCAUCGUCGGUCAGCUGCAUUUAUCGUCUAACUGGGCCGACCAGGAACUCAAAUCCGGAUUCGCUGAUCAUCGCACCCUCGACUUAAGCUUCAUGGAUGUGUUAUUACUGAUCCACAUCCGCCUGACUGCGAGCUCCUAGGCUGCACCCCCAAGGCAAAAUGAAAUAUACAUAUUCUUUACUCAAAUGAGGAUAGGGCAGUUAAAACCAAUCUCAGAUGUCUUUCAAUUCAGUGCGGGUUUGUACAUUACCUGGCAUAAGUACAGGUUCGGCCGCCUCAACAGCAUCAAACCAUCAUUACGAACUCCCCGUGAUAAAUUGCAAAGUUCAAAUGCACAGUGGGGAGUUUAGAUAUCUAGGAACGUAGGUGCAUUCGGCAGAAAAAAAUCAGGUAAAUUCACCUAGGGAACUGUAUGCCAUAUUAACGCCCACUGGAUCCUGUGGUUUGAUGCCUGAAAACCACACUUCCACCAUAAUUGGCUCACUUACUAAAAUUUCGACUUCACACUACUGGAUUACAUGAUUAGAGGGGGAAACACUUACUAAACACACUGCCUGUUUUUAUCGAAACUGUCGUCCGAAGCCUCAGUAUUUCGCUUGUCUUCAUUGCGUGCAAGUGUCCAACGCGUACGUGGCCAUUAAUGGCCUUAGCAUAUAAAUUCCGACUCCAACUGUUUGCACGCUACCAAAUUCCACUGGGAUUCCACAAAACAGCAAUUAAUUUCUGAUAUUUUCUUACGUCGGACCUCAAUCCAGGCUUGUGCUCCCCUACUCCUGGUACUAAUCUCCAAUCUGCCUGAGACCAGCAUACUUAGGUACGCAACUUUCUCAUUCUAAUUGUUGCACCCCUUUAAUGAUUCGUAAAUUCGCAUGACUCGGUGCGAUUGCUUAAGUUAUCUCAUUGCCGACACCCAACUCCAGCCUACACAUUAUUUGCCCGUUGAUUUUUCCAAGUUCUUCACGUUGGCCAAGGCUUUCUGUAAAUUCGGAGCGGACUCCAUGUGUCCUGGCUCAGUCUGCAGUCCUCGUCAAAUAAAACGUUCCAGAUAGUCGUUAGUUGUAUGCCCUGCGUUAAAAUCACAAAUGUCCUUCAACUUCCCGUGUGCUCUACUGUGUAGUGUGUUGAGGCUCUUUCAGAGUUUGGGUGCCACGUAUCAAAUACGAGACCAUGACCGUUGUUUGUAGCUUUUUAGAACACAGCUGUUUGUUGAAAAAAACAAGAGGACGCAAGGCCAGAGUUAAAUAUUCUGGGAAAUGAGUUUAGUCAAUUAACCUGAGUGAUGAAGGUGAUGCUGAUGCUGCUGCUUAUGCGCAUGAUGAUGAUGGUGAUGAAGAAGAAGAAGAUGAUGAUGAUAAUGAUGAAGAAGAAGAAGAAGAAGAAGAAGAAGAUGAUGAUGAUGAUGAUGAUGAUGAUGAUGAUGAUGAUGAUGAUGAUGAUGAUGAUGAUGAUGAGGGGAAGGAGGAGAAGGAGUAG